AUGCGAUGCUGUCGUUCUGAUCGCAACGACCGUCCAAGCCUCGACGAUGUGAUGAAUGUGAUGCGGGCCGAAGACGGUGACAGGAUACGGAGCCAGAGUGGUGAGGAGAGAGAAGAAGAGACAGCGAUGAUGAAGCUGCUCCACCUCACGGCAGUGCUCAGCCUCGUCCUCACCGCUGCGUCUAUCCACGCCUCACCCUCGAUCCCGUCCGCACUCACACCCGAUGAGAUCACCCGCAUCAGCCGACUACCCCGCAGCGAAAAGCUCGCCUUUGCCGAAGCUAUCCUCGAAAUACGCACCGCUUACGAGUACUCCAAGCAGCAGCAGCAGCAACAUGCUCUGCUCCACAAACGUGCCUCUCCCUCUGGCUCUUUCGCUCCCGCCAACAUGCCCUGUCCCAACCGGACGUCGCAACAGUCACCCGGGUUCAUCCGCCCCGCCUACACGAAGCAGCUCUCCACCGGCGAAGCCGACUUUAUCUCGAAACGCAGAUCCAGCACUUCGGCCGCUUGGCAGAGUUGGCUGAGUCGAGCCAAGCUCGAUUCGGUUCUCCCUGGAGGUGCGCAGAACUACACAAGCCAGACGGAUCGAUUGCCGCGGCUCGGAUUCGCGCUCAGUGGUGGUGGCCUGAGGGCCAUGUUGGUCGGAUCCGGAACACUGCAAGGCUUCGACGGACGCAACGACACCGCCAACAACCGAGGUACGGGCGGACUGCUGCAGCUGGCCGAGUACGUCGCAGGACUUUCCGGCGGUUCGUGGGCCACCGCCAGUCUAAGCAUGAACAACUGGGCCACCACUCAAUCCCUCAAAGACUCCAUCUGGGAUCUCGAGUCCAACCUGCUCGUACCCGAGGACGGAAAAGUCUCGUUCUACGCCUCCAUCCUAGCCGCCGUAGCUGGAAAACGCACCGAAGGAUACCAAACCAGCCUUACGGACUACUUUGGUCUUUCCAUCGCCACCAAGAUCCUCAACGGCUCUACCUACGGCAACAAGUACAGCGUCGAAUGGAGCGACGUCAAGAACACCUCGAGCUUCACCGACGCCUCGAUGCCCUUCCCCAUCAUCAUCGCCGACGAGCGGGAACCGGGCGAGCUCAUCAUUCCGAGGAACACCACCAUCUGGGAGUUCAACCCGUACGAGUUUGGAAGUUGGAACCCAAACGUCUCUGCCUUUGUGCCUAUCGAGAUUUUGGGCUCGAGUCUGAGCAAUGGCAGUAGCAGCUUGCCGAGCGGUGAAUGUGUGGGUGGCUAUCAGACGGUUGCUUGGGUGACGGGUACUUCGGCGACGUUGUUCUCGGGAUUGUAUUUGGAUUUGGUCUCUAGUUCGAGCGAUAGUGUGAUCGUCAGUGCGCUGAAGGAGAUAGCACAGGCGGUGUCGAAGGAGCAGAACGACGUUUCGCUGGUACCCAACCCCUUCUAUGGAUAUCGUGGCGAUGGCACUGUAGAGAUCUCCGAUCUGCGAAACAUCACCCUGGUGGAUGGAGGUUUGGACAACGAAAACGUUCCGCUGUGGCCUCUGGUCGAACCCGCAAGAGAUCUCGACGUAGUCAUCGCUAUCGACUCUUCCGCCGACGUAACCAACUGGCCCAACUCCUCGGCCCUCUACCAAACCUCUCUUCGAGCCCAAUACCCAGACUAUCGAAGCUACGCAUUCCCGCAGAUGCCCGACACCAACACCGUCGUCAACCGCGGUCUCAACACCCGUCCCGUCUUCUACGGCUGCAAUCCUACCCAGAACGUCACCAACUCCAACACCGCCUUCAACAACACCCCGACUCCCAUCGUCAUCUACCUCCCCUCCUACCCGUACACCUCGCUCGCCAACACAUCCACGUUCAAGAUGGACUACUCGAACGCGGAAGCGCAGGGUGUCAUCGACAAUUCGGUCGAGAAGGGCGAGGACGAGAGCCGUUCAGUCGAUUAG